AUGGCCACACUGCUCGACACUCAGACCGAAACAUCCUCGCCCAUGCAGACCCCGACUUCAACAGAGGCGGGAGCACCACCGCAACGAGAUGAAGUGACACAGACAAAGAAGAGGCAGUUCGCAGAUCUGUCCAAGGAGAUCAAGGAACUCAUCAUCGAGCGGGUGAUACGACCCUCCGACCUCAAGAACGCCUGCCUCGUCAGCAAGGAGUUCCACGAAAUCGCCGUCCGCUUCCUCUACCGCAAUGUCGCUCUCGACCUCGGGGGCGCAGCAGAUAACAAGCUGUCUGCCUUCCUCAAUCAGAAGAAUAUCGGCCUGAAGCACAUCCGACAACUUCGCCUCUACCACGCCAAUGUCCACAACUCGCCCUCCUACGAUCAAUGUAAAGAGCAACAGGCUCAGUUCGCAUCGCGAAUGGUCCUGGAGUUCCUGCCGGAAGACAUUCUGGAAGAGUUCAGGUACGACAGAAAGCGACCACAGACAGACGAUGAAGAGGAAGACUGGUGCCCAUGGCGCCCCUUCUCCGCCGACAACCUCAUGCUCCUCUACAGGAAGCAGCGCAAGAUGAAGUGGUUGGAAGUCAUGGAUCUUGACAGGCCUAUUCUCCCAGACAUCAAGAAGAACCCCAAGAUCCAGGACACCAUGUUCAAGAGCGCGCGCAAACUGGCACUUUACCCAGAGAACCGAGACACUCUCAACUUCAGCGGAUUCUGUGUUGAGAAGACCAAGGAGAACCUUGAAGAGCUGAUCGUGCAUUGCAACUUCAGUUCUCUCGAGUCAGGCAACUCGAUCGAUACUCGCGAGCUCAAUGACUCUGCCACGGCGCCUGGACUUGUUAGCGGGACUAUCUUCUCCUGCAUGACACCCUUCGACAAGUGCGAGCCAUUCAAGAAGCUCACCUCCCUUCGACUACAUCGCAUCAGCCUGAGACAUUGCGCAGAUACGUGGUGCAAGUUCAUCAAUUUCCACGAACUGAAGUACCUGCGAUUAUACCACUGUUCUGGUGCCGACACGCUCUUUGACCAGCUGUGCCGGGCUAGUCAUCUGCCCAAGCAGCUGAAAGUCUUGGAGUUCCAGCACCGGGACAACGACGAGAACGAGGCUCUCAUUGCGCUGGACGGCUUCCUCUGCCUUGUGUCAGGUCUCCGAGAUCUGGUCAUCGACCUCGAACAUGUCAAGCAGCUACCAGCAGCGGCAGGCAUUGUAAGGCAUGGCAAGACACUGGAGCUACUUAACGUUCACUGCACUUCGAGCAAUCCACCUUCCCGAAUCACGUCGGAGAGUGACAAUGACGAGUUAGUGUGGGAUGUCGACGAUUUCGAGAAGAUCUGCAAAGCAUGCAAGACUCUGGAGCAGCUAUCUUGCGCUUGGCCGAGCACCAGCUUGAUUCGAUCACCAAGCGAAGAGUGGAAGGCAUAUGAGAACGCAUGUGGCAAUCUCAAGCACAUGGUCACUUUGCACAUCUCAACUUGGCCAAGCAACAAGCCCUCGACACAACUUCUCCCGCGGUCAAUAUACGAGGUCAUGCUGCAGGCACUCGCGCAACGUGGUUUUGAGCUGGCAGCUGGCACUCAUCCAUCCUCGCCUUCCGGCACCUCGGACCACGAAGACGAAGAUGAGAGCGACAAGAUCGUGACCGAGCCUAUACCGCCAGCCAAACUACGACUCAUUGCUUUCGGAACCUCGGAUAAGAUCUACGAACGCGAAGACUCUAAGAAUCAGAUUAUCUACAUCAAGUCGACGUGCAUGGAUGCAGAAGGCAAGCCAAAGGUGUACGCAGCGCCAGUGGGUUGGUGUUCGCGACAGUAUGUCGAGCCACGAAGCGAAGUCUUGGACUUUGUACUGCACCAGAGCGACCGCAGCAACAAGCCGCCUUGUCGUGAGCAACGCGAGACCAGCGCAUGGGGAGAUGACGACGAGUAA